GUAUGCUGCUGCCGUGUGGAGCUGGGCGUGGGCUGCCUGCCUGCUACUCUGCCUGCAACACUCCUCAGCACUCGGGCGGAGGAGCAGCACAUUGUUUGUGGCGGUCUGAGUCUCUCUCACUCUCACUCUCACACACACAUACAUACACACACAGAGAGCAACGACCACAGGCAGCACAGGACUUUCGACUGAACCCGCGCUGCUGCUGCUGCUGCUGCUGUUUGAGGGGUCUGUCUGUCGGACCGGGCGGGGGUUAGCGGAGAGGGCUGGCGGUUGAAGCACCUUCCUGUUUUGAAAUUUCAGCGAAGCGUUAGCCUGAAUCUAGUGGACCCAAAAUCUCCGCGUCCGUGUGUCUGCUGGAGUCUGGAGCUCUGCUUGUUGUCUGAGCAGUUGAGGAGCAACAGAGAGAAUGACCGAGUACAAGCUGGUGGUGGUGGGAGCUGGAGGCGUGGGCAAGAGCGCUCUCACCAUCCAACUCAUCCAGAACCACUUCGUGGAUGAAUAUGACCCUACCAUAGAGGACUCGUACAGGAAGCAGGUGGUGAUUGAUGGAGAGACAUGUCUACUGGACAUCCUGGACACAGCAGGUCAGGAGGAGUACAGCGCCAUGAGGGACCAGUACAUGAGGACAGGAGAGGGUUUCCUCUGUGUCUUUGCCAUCAAUAACACCAAGUCUUUCGAAGACAUUCAUCAGUACAGAGAACAGAUCAAACGGGUAAAGGACUCGGACGAUGUGCCGAUGGUGCUCGUGGGUAAUAAAUGUGACCUCCCAGCUCGCACGGUGGACACGAGGCAAGCGCAGGAGCUAGCACGCAGCUACGGCAUUCCAUACAUUGAAACCUCAGCCAAGACUAGACAAGGUGUUGAAGAUGCCUUCUACACACUAGUACGAGAAAUCAGACAGCACAAACUGAGGAAGCUCAAUCCUCCUGAUGAAAGUGGACAGGACUGCAUGAACUGCCGCUGUGUGGUGUCGUGACUUAAGGUGACCUAUAAGGGUUGAAAAGUGGACCUAUGGCUCCACACGGCAGAGUGAACCACAGAAGGAGGAUUACAAACCGAAAAUCACAGCUGGAGAUCAAAAAGGCAAACACAAACUGGCUAAACUGACUGCAAAAGAAACAUUUUGGGGGAGAUGUUGCCUUGCUGUGACUACGGUGACCCCCUCUGGCUGUUCAUAUCUGCCCAACAGAAUACCACUAAUGACUUGUAUUGGUUUUCCUAUUCUUUAACUCCAGUGUGCUAAUACUGGGCAGCUCCUUGGAUUUCAUCUAAUUUAUUAUACUCAUGUCUCAACACUGGCUUUUACAUGGACAUCAGGCCUCUCGUGACCUAUUUCACAUAAACAAACCUCAGAUUCUAAGGACUGGACACUAGUGACAUCAUCCCAGGCACCCCGCGCCCAUCUGCUGCUGUCCGAGGAAGGCAUACAGGUCUAUAAAUGAGAGUGCUGCCGACUGAAAAGAGAAAGAAGCAACGUCCCACACAGGAGUUACUCUUCUCUCGACUGUUCAGCCAUAUUUGUUUUGCUUAACUUGCCGUCGUUUUAACAUGUUACGUUUGUGGUUUGGGGGUUUGUGGCGAUAACCAUUGGGACUGUGUGUGCUCUGGUACAUCACUGGAGACUGUAUGUGUGACCAUUUAUGUGUAUGUGUUUUACAGCAGAAACUGAUUGGGAAAGAGCUUAAAAGGCUGACUGAGUUUCCAAUUGUUCUAAAUAUUGGAUUCCAAUUUUAAAAAAGGUUUUAUUGACCCACUUGUUUUGUUAAAGAUAUACAGAGCUACAGAUCAUUGCGAUUUACAAAAAAUAUAAUAAAUGAUUGUGUGUGAAAAUGCAUUGAACAAAUAUGUACACGAUUUAAUACUGUACUGGAAAAAUCAAUUCACUGACAGCUGACAUUAAAAAUAGAUUUUUCAAAACUA